AUGGACCGCAACUUUGAUAUCCCUGAUUCCACCGACUGGACGGCCACGCCACUCCCUGAAGUCGCGCGUUUCGAAUCCGCUCUACGAUGUCAGAUAUGCAAGGAUUUCUUCGACAACCCAGUCAUCACCUCUUGUUGCCAUACGUUCUGCUCACUAUGUAUUCGGCGGUGUCUAAGCGCUGAGGGGAAAUGCCCUGUUUGUCGUAGUAGCGAUCAGGAACUAAAACUACGUCGAAACUGGGCCGUUGGUGACCUGGUUGAGUCGUUCAAGGCAGCGCGGCCGUCGAUACUAGCGUUUGCAAAGAAUAAUACAAUCCAUGCAGCUUUGGUUUCCAGGCCUGGGUCAGAGGAAGCCGUGGAAGGCCCAGCGUCGAAGAGGAGAAAGAUUGAUUCUUCUGAAGGGGAUACUGCUACACCAUUGGCCACCGGUAGGAGGACUAGGUCACAAGCUAGGAAGUCAGAGCCGGAAGAUGAGCCGGUGAUUAUCCAGGACAGUGCCGAUGAAGAAGAAUAUGAACCAGAUGAUGGUCUCGUGGCUUGCCCUGUGUGCGGAAGGAGAAUGAAGAAUGAGUCAGUGUUUGUUCACCUGGAUAGCUGCACAGGUGCACCGGAGAAGGAGAGCAUCUCCAAGGCCAAUGGGCUACUUGGAUUUCAAGGCUCUACGGACCUUUCUCGCGCUCCAAAGCCCCCAACUCGUCUCCCGGCCAUAAAUUACGCGCUUUUCAAAGAUAACUCCCUGCGCAAAAAGCUCAAGGAACUUGGCAUUCCAGAUUGGGGCCCCAAACCUAUAUUACAGAAACGGCACACUGAGUGGAUGAAUUUAUGGAAUGCAAAUUGUGAUUCUGUAAAUCCCAAAUCAAAGCGUGACCUACUUCGAGACCUUGAUAUUUGGGAGAGAACCCAGGGUGGUCUUGCCGCCUCGCAGCCUUCGUCAAGAGCCAGCUCUGCAAUUAUGAAGAAAGAUUUUGAUGUGACUGCUUGGUCGGAGGCGCAUGAUGACGAUUAUAGAAAGCUCAUUGCAAAUGCACGCAGUAUGAGGGCUAAGCGUGCAAUAGCGUCCGAUGAAGCUGAGGGCGGUCAGUCAAACGAACAAGAGGGCAAGGAGCAGUCACCCCAACCUGCAGCACAAAUACAAACCACUACAACUACAACUGCCGACGACCCGGUUCCAGAAGAAACGGGUGAACUAGCGGAAGCGAGUGGUAAGGAAGGCCCUACUGAGAUAGAAGCCGGCAGCACGGACAAGACAGUGCAGGUGGCUGUAAUGGCGCCGUAG